CCUGGCAAUGCUGACACUGCUACCUGUGUCUAGAAAAGGAGCCGUACCAUCAACAGAGGAGUGGUUGUUGUAAUUGUAUCCCUGGUUAGGCUACUUCUGAUUUCCCAAGGACGAAGAAGGGAGACAUAAACUAACUGCUGGCUGAUUAGGAACAUGUUCAUUUUAAACAGCGUCGAUUUUCACCACACGUAUUUUGGACUACUUCUGAUUUUCCUUAUUAGAGGAUGCGAGUCAUCAGUCAAGCCUAUUGGCCCUUCAUUGUUCAAAGCCCUGGUUGGCACCAAUGUAAGCCUUGCCAUUACCUACACCAGUCAGAACGCACCACCACAGGUGUCCUGGUGGAAAGAUGGCGUCUCCAUUGCUCACUGGACGGUUGGCAUUGGCGAACCUCAAAUUGCUUCUCGGUAUAAGGAUGUUCUGUCGGUGGAGGAUGAUGGUUCCCUGACAUUCAGCAAUUUGACUCUUGAUUACACUGGAACCUAUGAAGUCAUUGUGGUGCAGGUGAUGUCGGAGGAACGCAGAGCAUUAUUCAACCUAACAGUUUAUGACAUAAUUGAAAAAGUCUCGUUGCACACUUGGCCAAAUGAUGCUGUUGAAGGCAAUGGAACAUUCACUUUAUAUUACAUCACAGCAAAAGGAGAGGCAGAAGAGGUGCAGUGGUUCUUCAAUGGGACAGAACUGCAGCAUGGUUCUCACUACUCCGUGAGCGGGAAGAACCUCUCCAUCAUUCAUCCACGCAGAACAGACACAGGCCUGUACAGCGUCACCCUUAAGAACCCGUUCAGCUUUGGAACCUACUCAAGGAAUGUCACUGUUUUGUAUGGACCAGAUCAACCCAUGCUGGACGUGAGCCCAACAAAGGACUUCUUUGUUCUGGGGGAGUCUCUGUGGUUCUCCUGCGGGGCGCAAGGGGAGCCUGUGCCAGCGGUCUCCUGGGCAUUCAUGGCACAGGCUGUCCCCAGUGCCCAGCCAGGGGCACUUCACAUCGCCAAUGCCCAGACCAGCCAGAGCGGCGUUUACACCUGCAUGCUGAUAAACACCCAAACUGGAGCACAGCUGAACAAGAGUGUCACUGUUAACAUCUAUAAGAGCCCUGCGGGCAGCCCUGUGUGUUCCGUUCACGCUGUGGACGAGAGCGCAGCGCUGCAGUACCACUGCCAGUGGCCAGGGGGCACCCCAGGGGCACAGCUGUCCUUCCCCACUCUCAACACUUCCAGCGCUGGGAUCGGGGAGCUCAACAUGACCGUGGAUAACCCCCAGGGCUUAGACGGGACAGAGGUGGCAUGUGUCGUCCACCACCCCGUUUACCAGGGACAGUGCAACAUCACUGCACGCAAGACAGCAGGCCUCCUCCCCUCGGUCUCAGCCGCUGUGAAUGAGAACGGCAAGCUGCUGGUGACCAUCGGAUGUGUCACUGAGGCCAUACCGAAUGCCACGGUGACCUGGUCAAUGUCUGGGGAGGAUGUGAGCUCUCUGAGUGACCAUGAGGUCAGCAUGGACACCACCUGGCUCCACAUUGGGAAUUUCAACAUCAUCACUGCUGGCCUUCACACUUACAAAUGCACUGCUGCCAAUCCUUUAGGCAGACAAAGCAGCGAUAUCAUUCCGACAGGUCCUGCCAUUUCAGAAGCAAGUCUUUCCUCCAAUGAGGAAGGAACAGUAAUUAUGCUCUUUUGGGAGGUACCAUCUAUGGCUAUAGUUACAGGUUUUGAUAUCCAGAUGAAGGGGCCUGACCUCUCUGAUCCAUCCACCAACAUAACGGUCAGCCAAAGUGAGCGAGCCAAGGAAUACCAGACCCUCCAGGUGAGGCCUGCCUCCUCAAGAAGUGCAGAAAUCUCAGGACUUGACCCCAAAGCAAGAUACCACUUCCGGGUCAUCCCCAUGGCAGGCCAGAGUGCUGGGGAGCCGUCGGAGCCGUUGAGUACUGGGCCAGGAGGGCUGAGUGGACCGGCCAUCGCUGGCAUUGCUGCUGGGAUCCCCUGCAGUCUGCUAGUCCUUCUGGUCGUCUGUGUCGUGUUGCCCUGUGUCCUCUACCACAAGAAGAGGAACAGCGAAGCAAGAUAUCCUGUCUCCAGGGCUGUGGAGAAGGCUGUAACAACUCUGAGCUCACCCCACCACCUUUUAACAAGCGGUUUGAAAUUGCCACCAGACUACAGACUUCACCAGCCUCCUGUUGCGGGGCACUCUCGUCCUAUGCCCUCAGAGCCCCUGUGA